UUGUGUUUUCAAGAGCGCGUCGUUUUUAAAUGCCUUUACAUUUAACCAAGUGAAUAUAACCUUGAUUUAAAAAGCCAAAUCAAUAGUUUGGACAAAAGCUCCUCGAGUGUAUGUGCUGUGUACGGAGCUGGUCAGGAUGUACUUAAAUGAGGACUGUGGAGCUGUUUAUGUCCGAGAGAAAGGCGCGCUGCGAUGUGUCAAUGCAGAUACUCAUGCAGCUCCGCCGCAGCACAGACUCUUCAACAGAGACUUCUCAUUUAAACUCUGCAUUGAUGCUUUACCUUCCGCUAGUCACACAAAGAAAAGCGAUUUCUUCAUCUUUACAUACAACAAAGAGGGUAGUUUGCGGUAUUCGGUGAAAUCUUUAUUUGACUUAUCUUUGCAGUUUAUUGCUGAUCAUAUUGAACAUGUUGAUUCACUGGUCGGUUUCCCGGAGCAAAUGGCUGAUAAGUUGUUCUCAGCCGCUGAAGAGAGACACAAAUUCAUUGACCCACAUACUGCAUCCCGAGCACUGCAGGUUUUCUGUGAGGCCUAUGGAGAACUAGUGCUAAAAUCUCUGUGUCUGAGAAAUAGGUCUCUUUUGAUAUCUGAAAGAUUGGACGAGAUCAGAAUGUUUCAGCGUCUGGAAAGCCUGGACCUCAAUGGAUGCAGAUUAGGCGACAACCAUGACAUUUUUAAAUACAUAACCUCUGAUGUCCUUUCUAGUCUUGUGAAGCUUUUCUUGGGGACAAACUGCCUUUCCGAUGCAGGCCUGCAGAGACUGACAGCACCAGUCAGAGUGAUGAAGAAAGGCCUAGAAAACUUGCAGCUUCUGGACCUCUCUGAGAAUCCCAUCACAGAGAAAGGACUUGGCUAUCUAACAUGCUUUCAAACUCUACAGAAACUAGACAUAUCUGGGACAAAUGUGAAGGUGAAUUUGUCGGUGAAAGAGUUUUUCAGAAAUAAGAUGAAACUGAUCCUCUCAGAGACACCUUUGAAGAUGUUUGCUCACUCUGAUUGCAAAACAGAGGGCUGGGCUGAACAGGUUAUAAACCAAUGGGAAAUUAGAGCUGCAGAAGUACCAAAAAAAGACAACAAACCAAGAACAAAUGCUCUCCGUUUCUAUGGAAGGGAAAAGUUUGUUCGAGAGACAUUAAACUCCUUGUCUGGGUGAAGUGGCACAAAUAAAGACAAAGUUGUGCCAAUUCACUUUUAUAAGCAUGAGCACAUCACACAUUACCCAACAGUGGCAGCUGUACAGAAGGGUAAGAAGAGGAGACUAUCAACAGAGGAAGAGCGAAGUACAGCUCCACUCGCAAAGCGCCAAUCUGUGUCUGCUCUAUCUGCAGAGGACUUAGAUAUGUUAAAUAGUUACUGAGUGUCAACAAACAGUUUACUUUGCCAACACUGCAUUCCUCUGUGAGGAAUGUGACUCUGAAAUGCUUUUACUUUGGAUUCUUGAAAAUAAAAACUUUCUACUG